GCUGGAGUAAUGGGAGGGACACCUGGGAGGGAAUUGGGAGUCACUACAGUAUAGCCCUUCAGGCCAUGCGAGUCACCAGAUGGACAGCCCUGUUGUCAAGAAAAUGUUUGCCAAGACAGCCCAAAGCAACUGGCCUAUAGCAGAUCUACAAGCAACUGAAAACAGAAGUCAUUCCCAAUCCUGAAUUACAUCAGUGGUACUGGAAACCUCAGAAGUACCAUUUCAAGAAAUGGACUGGGACCAGUUUGACAUGAACCCAAAAGUUAUUGCUGCUGUUAAGAAAGCUAACAUAAAAUCAAUAAAAGAGGUUUUGAAUCUUUCUGGAGCGGAUUUGCAAAGACUGACAAAAUUAUCCAGAAUGGAUGUACAGUGCUUACUGAAAACAGUCUCUCAUGCAGUGAGGAAAAAUUGUAUGCUUACAGCACUUCAGCUCUACCAAGACAAAGAUCAUCACACCUCCCAACACCAGAAACUGAGCCUGGGGUGCCCAGUACUAGAUGACUUAUUAAGAGGUGGCAUUCCUCUGGUGGGAAUUACAGAGCUGGCUGGUGAGAGCUCUGCUGGGAAGACCCAGAUUGGUUUGCAGCUGUGCCUUUCUGUGCAAUAUCCUUACAACUGUGGUGGAUUAGAAUCUGGAGCUGUCUACAUUUGUACAGAAGAUGUUUUCCCAAAUAAACGUUUGCAGCAACUGGUUGAUCAACAACACAAACUGAGAGCAGAGGUUCCACUUGAGAUCAUUCAGAAAAUAAGAUUUGGAAAUGGCAUUUUCAUUGAGCAUGCAGCAGACCUAGACACCUUCUCCAGCUGCAUUACGAAAAGAAUCCCCUUGCUGCUUGCAAGAGGCAUGGUACGCCUCGUGAUCAUCGACUCUAUUGCUGCUUUGUUUCGAUGUGAAUUUGGAGCACGAGAUUCUGUUGUGAAAGCUCAGUAUUUGCAGACAUUUGGAGCACAGCUUCAUAGUUUAAGUACGAGAUUCAGGACUCCAGUAGUGUGCAUCAAUCAGGUAACUGAUGCAGUGAGUGAGACAAACAUAGCUCAGUGCAGUUUUAGCUCAUUGGAUGAGAGAUUUUCUCCAGCACUUGGGAUAACAUGGUCCAAUCAACUGUUGAUGAGAUUGAUGGUCUGCCGAACACCACAGGCAGAGUAUUUGCAGAGACCUGCACUGCAGCAGCCUGGAGGUGUGAGAACUUUAAGAGUAGUUUUUGCUCCUCAUCUGCCUCUAUCUUUUUGCCUCUAUACAGUAAAUUUGGAAGGGGUCAAGGGAAUAAGUGUAAAAAGCCCACUGUGAAAAUGUUACAGGGAUCUGCUUCAGAAAUUCAUACCAAUGAAGAAAGGCAUUUCCCUUCAGGUAUUUAUGUGGGAUUGCCCAAUAUGUACAUACAAUAUUCCAGCAAUAAAAGUUUUUUAUGGAUAUA